AUGGUUAGCCUUUUGAUAGACUUGAUCCCCAGUCCUACUGAACUGUCCCCGCGACCGUCGUCUGCCUUUGAAGACUUCUACGCAAUCGACACUUACUCGCGCCCUGCCAGCGAGGUUUUCGCAUCACGUCCGGGCUCCCCCAGAUACAUCAUGGCUGCUCACCAGCCUCCCACGCUGACCGAGAUUCUUCUCGACGUCUCUCCUCCUCCCUAUACCCUCACUGCCUUCAUGGCCUACCUCUCUCAGAACCACUGCAUGGAAACUCUUGAAUUCACCCUUGAUGCCCAGCGCUACGCCAACUUUUACCAAGAAUUCGCUUCCGAGGCAGAGUCGGCCACCGACGCCAACGUCCGUCUCUCUGCUCUUUGGCAAAAGCUUAUGCAGGUGUACAUUGUCCCCUGCGCUCCUCGCGAGGUCAAUAUUCCUUCGCGCGUCCGCGAUCGCCUACUAAUGACCCAUUACAACCCCAUCCCUCCUCAUCCUUCUGUUCUCGACGAGGCCGGUCGCAUCAUUUACGAGCUCAUGAACGACUCGCUCCUCGUCCCCUUUCUCGAAUCCGUUGCCCCCCUUCACCUUGAGGGCGAGGAGCAGAGCCUCGAGUUUGACGGCCUCACCGACGACAGCGAGGGCAACUCGCCAUCCACCAACGAGCCCAUGACCCCUCCUACAACUCCGCCUACCACCUCGGACUGGUCGUUCAAUUCGUCUCCCGGCGGCCUGCAACGUGCCGUUGCUGCCCACAACAAGGGCUGGAAAAGGGUAGGCGAAAAGUUGGGGUUUACUCGCAAGGCUUCCAGUCGGCGGCCCAACGCUACCUCUUCCUCCUCAAGCGGAUUUGGUAGCCGUCGCGGCAGCGGUACCAGUACAACCUUAUGA